AAAAAUGCUCAAGUUCUCGCUCACGCCGUCAGGUGGGCGAUAACAACAGCUUAAUAAUAUGUUUUUAGAUUGAUUGUUCAUAAUUUCAAUAGUCAAAAUUUCUUUAUCGCUAUCAGAAGCACUUAAAUCAUUCCUAACCAUAGUCACAAGAAAUAGAUAGUCCGGAAACGAACAAAGGUUUAUUGUUUUAACUCUUUCAUUAAAAAAAAAUAUAGGUUCCAGCUCUCCCAUCCUGCACAAUUCGCAAAUUUUUCCUUAUUAUUCUUGAGUUUUAACUGUGUUUUUGUUUUGAUUUAUAAUGCCUGGAGAAAAUUGUGCUAUAUAUGGGUGUUCUGCAUCAAGACGUAAUAAAGGAAUCAGUUUUUUUAAAGUCCCUUUAUCUAAUUCUGAGUUCAACAAAAAAUGGGGUGAUGAUUUGAUACAUGUUAUUACUAAAGAUAGGGUUGUCGAUGCCUCAUUACGAGAACGUAUUCGUACCAGAAAGUUAUUCAUAUGGGAACAGCAUUUCAGUGUUGAUCAAUAUUAUAUUUAUGACAGAAAAAAAUCACUGAAAGAAGGAGAAUUGCCACAGUUAAAUUUACCUUGUAAAAGUUCUCCUGCUGUUUUAUUCUCAAACCGAUCUACUUCUUCAAUUCAAAAGCGAAGUGAACAUGUUGUAUCUUUAGAUAAUGUAGUGUCUUUGCCCUUAUACAAAAACUUUGAUGACUUUGUGAAUCGCAUAGUUAAGCUUUCAAUCAAAAAUACAUGGGAGAUUCAUAUUGAAACCAAUCUUGUUGUUAUUACUUUUUUAUCUGUAAAUCAUAUCUUGCCAAGAUAUGAAAUUUUUGUGGAUGAUUCUCUUCAUUUUACUCUACGUGUGUUUGGAUGGAUUUUAUCAGAAGACCACGAUCUUUAUAAGCAAUUCUCUCGAUCGUUUUUAAAUGUUACUUUAUCGACCUUUACUUUUUUACUUGAGCAUUAUGAAUUGUGUAAGGGAAUUGAAGUUCCAAAUAUAAGUAAAGAGCUCCAAUUCCAAAAGCAUGUCAUCCCUAAGAAAUUCAAUUACCAUGACUACCAGCAAUUAGCAUUUAAACCACACUUAAAUCAAGAUCAGUAUUUUCGUUCUAAUAAUUGUCGACUCCUUUUAAAUAAGGAUGAUAUAAAUACAUGUGCAGAUUGUCGUAUUUGUGUCCAAAAAGUAUCUUCAGAAGAAAAAAGUAAGUUAUCUACUAUAAAUAAACCAGCCAAACUAAAUGCUCCUAUUAAAUUUAUUUCUCCAAAUAGGAUAAAAUUAACUUUGCAAAAUAAUCGUUUAAAAUGUAAACAACUUGAGCAAGAACUUUUAAAUAUGCGAUCUGCUAUAGAAGAGCACAGUGAAACUGUACAUUCUCAAAUCGAUGAAGAUUUUAAAAUAUUAUUUUCAGCAUGUGACCAAGCUGAUGUUCCGAAUUUUAUGAAGCUCUUUUGGUCAGAACAACAAAAAUAUAUUCAAACCUCUUGUUCCAACAAUGUAAAAUAUCAUCCAAUGAUUAUCAAAUUUUGUUUAAAUUUAGCAGCUAAAUCUUCAUCUGCUUAUAGUGAUCUUCGUUAUGAUAAAAAAACUGGUAACGGUAUUUUAGUUCUUCCUAGUUUACGAACACUUAGAGAUUAUAAACAUUAUAUUCAUCCAACUAGAGGUUUUAAUCCUGCUGUUAUAAAUGAUCUCAAGUUAAAGACUGAAAGUUUUACUGAACCAGAAAGAUUUGUAGGCAUUAUUUUCGAUGAAAUGAAAAUCCAAGAAGAUCUUGUGUGGGACAAAUACUCAGGUGAACUUAUUGGUUUCGUAGAUUUAGGAGAUAACAAUAUCAAUUAUGGAACACUUAAAAAUGUAGAAACUAUUGCCACAUACAUUUUAGUUUUUCUUGUAAAAAGUAUUGUCAAUCCUCUUUCUUUUAGUUUUGCAACAUUUGCUACAACAGGUAUACUUGCUCAUCAAAUAAUGCCAAUUUUUUGGAAGGCAGUUUGUUAUCUGGAACUAAUAAACUUGCAUGUUAUUUCCACGACAUCAGAUGGUGCUUCAUCGAAUCGUCGCUUUUUCAAAAUGCAUAAAUUUCUUCAAGGUUGUUCUGAUAAAGAUGUUAUUUAUCGCACCAAAAAUAUUUUUUCUAAAAAACACCACUUUAUUUAUUUUUUUGCUGAUGUUCCACAUCUUAUGAAAACAGCAAGAAACUGUUUAUCGCAUUCUGGAACAGGGCAUUCAACUAGAUUGAUGUGGAAUAAUGGGUUUUUUCUUCUUUGGUCACACAUUCAGCAAAUUUUUGAAGAACAACUAGAAAGUGGUUUGAAAUUUGUACCAAAGCUUACAAAUGAUCAUAUACAUUUAACACCAUAUUCUGCUAUGAAAGUUAGUCUUGCAGCACAGGUAUUAAGUGAGACUGUCGGCAGCGUUUUGGCCAAUUUUGGGCCACCAGAGGCAGCAGGUACAUCUACUUUUUGUAUAAUGAUGGAUAAAUUUUUUGAUUGUCUGAAUGUUCGAAAUACAUUUGAUCACAGAUUAAAAAAAAAGCCAUUUUUAAAACCAUAUGAAUCUCUUACUGAUGAAAGAUAUCAUUGGUUGGAUGAAUUUCUUGAAUAUUUACGUUUAUGGAAAGUCUCAAUAGAAACAAGGGCAGGACACUACAAUGAUAAUUCAAAAUCAAAAAUGUUUUUAUCUUGGCAAACAUAUGAAGGACUUAAAAUAACUGUAUAUUCAUUUAAAGAAGUAGUAAAGUUUUUAUUAGAAAAUGGUUUAAAAUAUGUACUAUCAGAAAGGUUCUGUCAGGAUGACCUGGAAAAUUAUUUUGGUAGACAAAGAGCAAUUGGUAGGCGACAAGACAAUCCAUCAGUACGAGAUGUAGGAUAUAAUGAUAACAUCAUAAAAUCUCAGUUUUCAAUACGACCAAUUGCUGGUAAUGUUCAUUCCAAUAGCACAUUUAGUGACAUUAGUAGUUCCCCAUUGCCAAAACGUAAGCGAUUAGUUAAGACAAAUAAAUAGUGUUUUUUAA